AUGGUUCUUAAUAACAAGGGUCGUCCUUCAGAAGACGUUUUCAUCAGAGAAGCUUCAAUUGCCCAAGAAGCUGUUAGACGAAAGCAGAGAAGUAGCUAUGUCCCAAAGUUCCUCCGACUUGAAGAUGUACGAUCUGUAGUAGGUAUAAAACUCUACGAUGUAUUGGCCGCAAGGCAGAAGUGGCAUUUCGUGACUGUGAAUAAAGACGGUUCUCCUACUGGAGUAACAGUUGCUGCUAUUGGAUAUACACCUUUGGCCCGUCCUCCAACAGCAUUGUAUAAUGCUAUUGUUGCAAUCGAUUUAUACGAAGUUCAACAGGCAGUUUUAGCGUCGCAAAUCAAAAGAAUCAUUCAUAAAAACCCACUUUGA